AUGACGCGCAGAGACGACUGUAGUGGAACCAGACAGACCAAAUGGAUGGAUGGAGGAAGUGGAUGGGAGUGUGGGUGUUUGUCUCCAUGUGUUUCAGAUAUUUUAAGGCCAAUGCUGAACUUCGGUGGCGGGAUUGACUACGUGUUAAGUUCAACCUUUUCUGAUGAAUUAUUUAGAGCCAAAGGUGCAAGUGAUGAACCUAUUGAGAAGUGGAAGCGCGACAGCCUUUUCAUUGACAAGCGUGGGAGAUUUAGACACUUUAAUCACAAGAAAGUUUCAAGAAAAAAGGGGGGUUCUUUGCGUGGUCAAGGGUGGAAAUACGGAUCCGGGUUUGUUGAUGGAAUUUUCCCUGUGCUGAGCCCCAUUGCGCAGCAGAUUCUAAACUUUGUACAGAAGGAAGUGGAUGUAAAUAGAGUUUGGUCAUCUCUUGACAAUCUUCCUCUCACUAAUACCACUUGGGACGACCUAAUUAGUAUAGCUGUUCAACUUCGUCUCAAUAAACAAUGGAGUCCAAUCAUACUGAUGUGUGAAUGGAUAUUGUACAGAAGCUCCUUCAAGCCAGAUGUGAUUUGUUACAAUAUUCUUAUAGAGGCUUAUGGCCAGAAAUUACUCUUCAAAAAAGCAGAAUCCACUUAUUUUGAACUCCUUGAAGCUCGAUGUAUCCCUACUGAAGAUACUUAUGCACUUCUUUUAAAAGCCUACUGUAGAUGCGGAUUGCUGGAGCAGGCUGAAGCUGUCUUUGCUGAGAUGCAGAAGGAUGGCCUUCCCCCAAGUACAGUUGUAUACAAUGCAUAUAUUGAUGGCUUAAUUAAAGGAAGAAAGGGACAAAGAGCUCUUGAGAUCUUUCAAAGGAUGAAGAGAGAGCAGUGUGAACCAACUGCUGAUACUUACACAAUGGUGAUCAACCUAUAUGGAAAGGAUGGUAAAUCCUAUAUGGCUUUAGAGGUGUUCCGUGAAAUGAGAAACAAAAAAUGUAAACCUAACAUUUGUACUUUCACUGCUCUUGUGAAUGCAUUUGCAAGAGAUGGGCUGUGUGAAAAAGCUGAAGAAUUCUUCGAACAGCUGCAGGAAGCAGGGCUUGAGCCUGAUGUGUAUGCCUAUAAUGCCCUCAUGGAAGCCUACAGUCGGGCAGGUGUUCCAAGUGGCGCUGCAGAAAUCUUUUCUCUCAUGCAGCAUAUGGGUUGUGAACCAGACAGAGCAUCUUAUAACAUCAUGGUGGAUGCCUACGGGAGAGCAGGUCUCCAUGAAGAUGCACAGUCUGUCUUUGAUGAAAUGCAGCGACUUGGAAUAGAACCAACUAUGAAAUCCCACAUGGUACUUUUAUCAGCCUACUCAAGAAUUGGAAACGUGCUAAAAUGCGAAGAAAUUGUGAACCAUAUGCAUGAAUUGGGACUCAGACCUGACACUUUUGUCCUUAAUAGUAUGAUGAACUUGUACGGUAGAAUAGGCCAGUUUGAGAAAAUGGAAGAAGUUUUGACUGCCGUGGAAAGUGGACCAUAUGAAGCUGACAUAAGUACAUAUAAUAUCUUGAUCAAUAUGUAUGGACGAGCAGGAUUUUUAGAGAAAAUGGAAGAGCUAUUCACUUCACUUCCUGCCAAGAAAUUGAAACCCGAUGUGGUGACUUGGACAUCUCGACUUGGAGCCUACUCUAGAAAGAAACAGUACAAAAGAUGCAUAGAAAUUUUUGAAGAGAUGAUUGAUAAUGGUUGUUAUCCAGAUGGAGGAACUGCCAAAGUGCUACUCUCUUCUUGCUCCAGUGAAGAUCAGAUUGAGCAAGUUUCGACUGUAAUUAGAACGAUGCACAGAGAUUUGGGGACAGUGUUGCAGGUUUGA